AUGGUUCGUAGGGCCGAUCUCGUCAUUAUCGGCAUCUCGGUCGGGUUGGCUGUGGGGGUCCUCACCGCAACUAUCGUGUUCCUCGCCAUCUGUUGGUACAGAAAACGCACGAGGCUCAGCCGGUGCACGACCGAUGGCUCGGCCGCCACUCUCCCGAUACGCCCCAACGGCCUGAAUGCAAGCAUCGACUCGAGUGCUUCUCUUUCUAAGUCUUUGAAUGUGACUGAAUCGUAUUAUCUUAACCCAAAGCCUCGAAAUUCUUGGUGGACCAAGCACGGGAAAGACCCGCUUACUUCUGCUUCUGCUUCUGGUAUCUUGAGAUACAAUUACAAGGAUAUUCAGAAGGGGACAGGGAACUUCACAGCUAUUCUAGGACAGGGUUCGUUUGGACCCGUGUAUAAAGCUACCAUGCCAGCUGGCGAGGUGUUUGCUGUGAAAGUUCUUGCUUCGAAUUCGAAACAAGGGGAGAAAGAGUUUCAGACGGAGACUAAUAAAAAUAUGUUAAAAUAUGUGUGGCAUAUAGAUGGCGAACAAGUUUUGAGUUGGGAAGAUCGGCUCCAGAUCGCGCUCGACAUUUCACAUGGCAUUGAAUAUCUUCACGACGGGGCAGUGCCUCCAGUGGUACAUCGAGAUUUGAAGUCUGCCAACAUAUUGCUCGAUAAUUCCAUGAGAGCAAAAGUUGCCGAUUUUGGGCUCUCGAAAGAACGAGUUUUUGAUGGUCACAGUUCAGGCUUGAAAGGUACAUACGGAUACAUAGAUCCCAUGUACAUAUCAACAAGCAAUUUCACAGAAAAAAGCGAUGUCUACAGCUUCGGCAUUAUUCUCUUUGAGAUCAUCACCUCCAUUCACCCACACCAAAACUUGUUAGAAUACGUCAAUCUUGCGGCUAUGAGUCCAGAUGGUGUUGAUGAGAUAAUUGACACGAAGAUUGUCGGGACAUGCAAUGUUGAAGAAGUGAGAAAUUUAGCCAAAAUUGCUCACAAGUGUUUGCACCAAAGACCAAGAAAACGCCCUUCGAUUGGGGAAGUUUCACAGGCAAUCUCGAGAAUAAUACAGAGGCGUUUAGUCAAAGAAGGGUCAAUUUCAUUUGCAAGCGGAGAUUUCUCACGAGUCGUGAGCGGAAUCGAAAUGCAGCAGAUGGAAAUUGGAAGAAUGACUAGCAUUGACGAGAGGGUAAAUGGAUGA